GGUGGGAGUUGCAUGAGAAACUUCAAUUGGAGAGUAACGAAUAUUACAUGGAUGCUUGUUUUUUUUUCUUUUAGAGUUACUUUAUUAGAAAUAAAGUAUCUAUCUUAAGAACUGCAAUGAUCCAGUGACUUUUUUUGGAUUAUUAAAAAAAAUCACAAACUGACCGCUUAAAAUAUGCCAGAGUGUGAUGGAGUUGGGUGCGCGUCGCCGGCGCGCAAGGACAGACAGCGCGCGCGUGGAGGAUUCCUGUCACGCCGUGAACGGAGAGGCGCCACUCAGCGGAUUUACCUGCUCUUUAUUUUACUGCUGCUCAUGUUUACUCCUAGUGUGGACUCGUCUUGGUGGUACAUUGGUGCGUUAGGAGCACGGGUCAUAUGUGACAACAUUCCAGGACUGGUGAACAAACAGAGGCAACUCUGCCAAAGACACCCAGACCUCAUGCAAUCAAUUGGACAAGGAGCCAAAGAGUGGAUUCGGGAAUGCCAGCACCAGUUCCGACACCAUCGCUGGAACUGCAGCACGCUGGAGCGAGACCACACUGUGUUCGGCCGCGUCAUGUUGCGCAGUAGCCGUGAAGCAGCAUUUGUCUAUGCAAUUUCCUCUGCGGGUGUGGUGUAUGCCAUCACCAGGGCUUGCAGUCAAGGAGAACUGAAGAUCUGCAGUUGCGACAGCCAGAGGAGAGGCCGGGCGAGCGAUGAAGACGGGGACUUUGACUGGGGCGGCUGCAGUGACAACAUCAACUACGGCAUCAAGUUUGCCAAAGCUUUCGUGGAUGCCCGAGAGAGAAUGGUCAAGGAUGCCAGAGCACUGAUGAAUCUGCACAACAACCGCUGUGGGAGAAUGGCAGUAAAGCGUUUUAUGAAGACUGAAUGCAAGUGUCAUGGAGUCAGUGGGUCAUGUGCUCUCAGGACAUGCUGGCUGGCUAUGUCUGAUUUCCGCCGAACGGGGGACUACUUGAGAAAGAAGUACAACGCUGCUGUGGAGGUCAUGAUGAACCAGGAUGGUACAGGCUUCAUGGUGGCAGAUCGAGAUUACAAGAGAACGACCAAAAAUGAUCUUGUGUACAUUGAGAACUCUCCGGACUACUGCCUAAUGGACCGAUCAGCAGGUUCUCUGGGUACGUCAGGACGGGUGUGCAACAAGUCCUCCAGAGGCAUGGACGGCUGUGAGAUCAUGUGCUGCGGCCGCGGGUACGACACCACCCGUGUAAACCGCAUGACCAAAUGCGAGUGCAAGUUUAAAUGGUGCUGCGCUGUGGAGUGCAGAGACUGCGAGGAAACGGUGGACGUCCACACUUGUAAACUACACAAGAAACCCGACUGGCUCGAUUUGACUUGACUGCAACGAUCGUGACCAAUCAGCAAGCUACUAAUGCUUUUCUGUUCUCAGGUUUUUGAAGCGGGCCACUGCAUUGUGAGAUGUGUUGUUGAUGACUAUAACGCUCUGAUCUCAACUUGCAGAACCCUGAACUUUAUUCGCCUUCAAUGAUGCAAGCGCAGAGAACACGAGCCGGUCUGGAGACGUUUGGCAUCAAUGGAAAUGAUACGAUGACCAUCACCUGGUGUUUUAAACUGUGAUAGGAUACAGUUAUUACACUGUUUUCAAAUCUUAAAACACCUUUUACUGGUCACGUGUGCGUCUAUAUAACAUCAAAUUGUGUUUUUGGACAGCUUUGAUAAAUAUACCGAUGCAGUUUUAGGGAAAGAAUAAUAUACAGUGUUGGUUCAGGCUUACCAAAGGACACAGCAAUAAAUCGCAUUUCACGCCAA